UGCAAGUGUAGUGGCGAGAGGUGAAUACGAAGAGACCAUGAGCAACUGGCAGCCCGCUUCGGACGCGCUGAACGAGGUCGUGGCGCUGCUCCAGGCGAGCACAGUCCCCGACAAUGCAGUCCAGCAGCAGUCGUACCAGCGCUUGAACCAGUACAGCGUCCAGCCCGAGUUCCACCUGUACCUGUUGCACGUGUUCGCACACCACCCCGAGAUUGGGGUUCGCCAAGUCGCAGGCCUUUUGCUCAAGAAGAGCAUUAAGAACAUGUACCACAACUUGACCCCGGAGAUGCAGACCCAUGUUCGCACGAGCAUCUUGUCGUUGCUGACGGACGCGCACCCGAAGAUCCGCAGCACGGCCGGCCUGCUUCUCACGACCGUUGUCCAAGUGCUCGUGACGUUCGACCAGUGUCCUGAGAUGCUCCCUGGACUUUUGCAUUACCUCCAAGACGCGGCGAACGAAAACGGCGUCGAAGGUGCGUUCGGCGCGCUCACCAAGAUCUGCGAAGACCACGCGGACAAGCUGAACGACCAGCGCCUCGCGUCGCGCCCGUUGGACACACUCAUCCCCAUCUUCCUGCAAUAUUUCAACCAUCCCCGCCCCGAUUUCCGUCGCGAUGCGCUCAACUGCAUGAACCAGCUGAUUCUCAUCAUGCCGACCGCGCUUGACCUGAACAUCGACUCGUUCUUGCAGGGCAUCUCGCACCUGACGCAAGACACGUCGAGCUCCGUGCGCAAGUUGGUGUGCCAGAGCAUUGUGAUCCUCCUCGAAGUGCGCAUGCAAGUGCUCAUGCCCCACUUCACCCCGAUCGUCCAGUUUAUCCUUCAUGCGUCAAAUGAUCCCGACGAGACGGUGGCGCUGGAAGCGUGCGAAUUCUGGUCGUCGAUUUGCGACUUGCCACCGGAGCUGUUUAACGACGUCAAGCCGCUGUUGACGCAGGUGCUUCCCCACCUGAUCCCGCUCCUCUUGUCGCGCAUGGUGUACUCGCAAGAAGACAUUGCUCAAUUUGAGCUGGAGGAAGUGGAGCAGAACGAAAACGUCCCCGACCGCCCCGAGGACAUCAAGCCCAUUUUCCACAAGACGAAACACGCCACUGCCGACGGCCACCAUGACGACGAUGACGACGAUGACGACGAUGACGAAGACGACACAGGGGACGACGAUGUCGAGCAGUGGAACUUGCGCAAAUCGGCGGCGGCUGGCCUCGACACCCUCAGCCACUCGUUUGGCGUGGAAAUCCUCCCCAUCCUGCUCCCGUUGCUGCAAGAACGCCUGGCCAACACGGGCCACUGGUCUGUCCGCGAGUCUGGAAUUCUCGCGCUCGGUGCGAUCGCUGAAGGUUGCAUGGAUGGCGUCGUGCCGCAUCUGCCGACGCUCUUUCCGUACUUGUUGACGCUCAUGCGCGACCCAGCGCCAUACAUUCGCAGCAUCACGUGCUGGACACUCGGGCGAUAUGCGAACUGGGCCGUCUCGCUCAACGACCACGAACACGUGCUCAAGCCUCUCAUGACGGCCAUGCUCGAACGAGUGCUGGACGGGAAUAAGAAGGUGCAGACGGCCGCGUGCUCUGCCUUUUGUACACUGGAAGAAGAGGCGGCGGACGACUUGAUCCCGUAUUUGGCGCCCAUUUUGCACAACUUGAUGUUUGCAUUUGGCCGGUACCAAGCGCGCAACUUGCUCAUCUUGUACGACGCGAUCGGAACACUGGCGGAUUCGGUCGGCGAAGCGCUCAACUACCCCGACUUGAUUGCGGUGUUCAUGCCGCCGCUGAUCGCCAAGUGGCAUGCCGUGGCCGACGACAACGCGGAGCUGUUCCCGCUCUUGGAGUGCCUGACGUCGAUUGCGUCUGCGUUGGGCCUCGGGUUCCAAGAGUAUGCGCGGCCGGUGCUGGACCGAUGCAUUCGCCUCAUCGAGAACGGAUUGCUGUCGUCGGCGCUCGCGACCCAGCGCCCGCAAGACGUCGAGCCGACCGACCCCGAGUUUAUCGUGUGUGCAUUGGACUUGGUCUCGGGUAUCGCGGAAGGCCUCGGCGCGAACAUGGAAGGCUUGAUUGCUCCCACGAAUGUGCUGAACUUGGUCGUCGAAUGCAUUCGUUUUCCCAUGGCGAACGUCCGCCAAAGCGCGUUGGCCGUCAUGGGUGAGCUCGCCAAGAACUGCUUUGCCCUCGUUGGUCCCCACGUCAAGGAUAUCGUGCCGCACUUGCUCCGCAACAUCGAACCGGAGUACCCCUCUGUGUGCAACAAUGCGAGCUGGGCGCUCGGGGAGAUCUCGGUCAAAGUUGGCGCCGACAUUGGGUCGUACGCGCCGGAUGCGAUCGGUCGCUUUGUGUCGGUGCUAGGGUGCCAAGACCCGCGCCCGACGCGUAGUUUGCAAGAGAACUGUGCGAUCACGAUCGGCCGGUUGGCGUAUGUUGCGCCGCAGGCUCUUGCGCCGCUCUUGCCGCAAUUUGCGAGCUACUGGUUCAAGACGCUUCGGGUGCUGCAAGAUGGCGAAGAUCGUGAAGUUGCGUUUACAGGGCUUGUCCAACUCGUCCAGUUGAACCCGUCGGGUAUUGUGCAGGACUUUAUGCAGCUCUGCGUUGCGUUUGCAUCGCUCGAGGACCGCAAGAAGGACGCGUACCAGAUCAGCGAAGGCUUGCACGACAUGCUGCAGCAGAUCGUGCACGGGUUCAAGCGCAGCUUGGGCGAUCAGUGGCCAGCAUAUUACGACAGCUUCCCCGCGCCAUUGCGAGACAUCAUGUCGGCGCGCUACCACGUUUAAUGGGCGAUCGAGAGAGACAUGCGCGUACCAUGGCCUCGCCCACCCCCACGGUCUCAUCAGAUUCGGAUAUAGGCAGCAGAGGCGUAGUUAGGUAGGUUAUGAUAGAGGUAGGUGUAGCAGUAGGAGCAGCAACAGGGGUGGUCGCCUCGAUCGUGAAAAGCCGAGCAAGAGAAAGCGCGAUAAACGACAGAAGUAUAUUCCUUUCAGUUCGCUU